UCGUCUUAUGGGUUCAUGUCGAUGCGAAACCUCGAAGUACCCACUACCCAGUCAGCGGGUCAUUUUCAUUUUGAUUUACUGUAAAUCAUUUACAGUGAUUUUCUAAUUGCGAAAAAAUUUGAAGUUUUUACUUUCAAGGGAUACCUUAGAUCUUUCCUCCUUGAACAUACAAUUUUGUUUUUGAUUUGGGUUAUUUAUUCCAGCGAACCAUUUAGCGUAACAGAGAAUGGUUACUAAAGGCUUUAAAAAAAAGAAGAGCAAGCGCGUCAGUUCCAAGCAGAUUCGGAAGGUGGAAAAGAAGGUAAAAGAGCACAAUAAAAAACAGAAGCGGGAAGCCAAAAAGAAUCCGGAUAAAAGAAAAGGUCGGAAGAAGGAUCCAGGAGUGCCGAAUACGUAUCCAUUUAAAGAACAGCUUCUGAGCGAACUCGCCGAAAAAAAACGAAAGGACUUUGAAAAGAAGAAGCAGCGAAAACUCGACAAAAAAGCGGAUACUAAAAAGAAACGCACUUUGGAUAGCGUAGUCGCUGAUGCGCAGAAGCGCGGUGCGGCAUUUCAGCAAAGGAAAUCCCCUGACACCGUUGUAAACAGUAAAGAGCUGGAUCAGCUGUACGAUAAUUCAUUGAAAACAUACUACAAGGAGGUGAAAAAGGUAAUCGAAGCUGCAGACGUGAUUCUGGAGGUGUUGGAUGCACGUGAUCCAUUGGGAACCAGAUGUCAACAGCUGGAAAACACGAUACUGCAGUCUGGCCAGAAUAAACGUCUCGUACUUGUUCUUAACAAGUGUGAUCUUAUUCCGAAAGCCAAUCUGCUCGCUUGGCUGAAAUAUUUGAGACAAGAACUCCCUACGAUCCCUUUCAAAGCUUCCACGCAAAAUCAACGGUCACGUCUGAGCCAAUGCCGUGUGCCUGUACAUCUGGCAAAGCCGGACCUGAUACAGUCAUCCAAAUGCUUUGGUUCCAGUAUGCUGAUGAAGAUUCUGGGCAAUUAUUGCCGAAAUAAAGGCAUUAGUACAUCAAUCAGAGUUGGCAUUGUUGGAUUGCCUAAUGUCGGAAAAAGCAGUAUCAUCAACAGUCUCAAACGGAAACAGUCUUGCAUGGUCGGAGCCACACCGGGUGUUACCAAAUCCAUGCAGGAAAUUCACCUGGACAAGCACAUAACACUGUUGGAUAGUCCUGGUGUGCUUUUUGCCAAAGAAGGGGACACUGCUCUUGUGGCUUUGCGUAAUGCUGUUAAGGUGGAUGCAAUUUCCGAUCCAGUGGAACCGGUUGAAAUUAUUUUGAAAAAGUGUUCUAAAGUGCAGCUGAUGCUGCAUUAUAAAAUCCCCGACUUUGCGGAUGCUCUGCAGUUUCUGGCGUUAGUUGCUUUGAAAAGAGGAUGUCUGAAAAAGGGUGGAAUCCCUGAUGUAACAAAAGUUGCCCGCGUGAUACUGCAGGACUGGGUGGGGGGAAAGAUUUCGUAUCAUACGCUCCCUCCAGAAAAACACACUACAUCAGUGCACCUCAGUUCAGAGCUAGUAAGCACUAUGAGUAAGGAGUUUGAUUUGGAUGGACUGGAAGAUGAUGAAAAAAUGUUGGUCGAUGAAAUGCCUGAAACGAACGAAAUGAGAACAACGGCAAUAGAAGACCUGGAUGUCAGUGACGAAGAAAUGGAAAAAUCCUCUGCCAAAAACGAAGGAGCCGUUCAGAUAGUUGAAUUCCCUAAAAGUGAUAAGGGUGACUCGGAUGAUGAAUGGAUUUCGGAUGACCCUGCAAUGGGUUUAGAGGGCAAUCAACAGUGGAGUAAACAGAAAAAUAAAAUUCUGAAGCGACGGCAAAAAUUGAAAGUUAAAAGAGAUAAAACGGCUACUGCAAUGGCGAAGCAGAUGGAUUCUUUAUUGAAUUUCGCAUCUAUUAGCGACAACAUGGAUGAAUAGUGGGCGAUGUUGCUGUUCCACAACGACAAAUCUUUAUCACAGCAUUUUUUAUUUUUAUGCUUUUCCAGGUUUAGAAAGCAUUAAAUUUCGCUGCUUCUUGAGUUGUCGGUAGGCUUGAACAGAUUCUUGGCGAAGUUGUUCUUGCCGAGCUGAUGAGAUCGAUUGUGUGGUUGUCUUCGAAGAAGAAUUAAAGUUGUCAGGAUUUG